ACCCCUUGGCUUGCAAAAGGCAUGCAAUUUCCGGUUUGACGUGCAUUCCUCUGCGCAAACCAUAAAAGCCUGAUCAAUUGAGUAUAAUGCUACUAGCUUCUUGAUUGGCAUCAUGCAUUUCUGCGUGUUUGGUUUCCUGAAGAGGCACAUCAUAAAGCACAUAGGCAUAAGGAGGAUACAAAAACCAUUUGGGACUGCUGGAGAAGCUAUAUCAACCGCAGCUACAGAUGAAAACAUAUGUGAAAAUGAUUCGGUGAAAGGAGCUAUUCUGAGCUCACCAUUAGUUGAGUUUAGCACUCUUUCUUCAGCGACGAACAAUUUCAACGACAAACUUGGCGAAGGUGGAUUUGGUCCAGUUUACAAGGGGAUACUACCAGAUGGCCAAGAGAUUGCUAUUAAGAAGCUAUCUAACAGCUCUGGGCAGGGAUUGGGAGAGUUCAAGAAUGAGGUGAUGGUGCUAUCCAAGCUGCAACACCGGAACUUAGUUCGGCUUUUUGGUUGUUGUAUUCAUGGAGAAGAGAAGAUGCUGUUGUAUGAAUAUAUGCCUAACAAGAGUCUUGACACAUUUAUUUUCGAUGAAAGCAAGAGACUUGUACUAGGUUGGAAAUUGCGAUACAAGAUUGUUCAGGGAAUUGGAAGAGGGUUACUGUACCUUCAUCAGGAUUCCAGGCUGAAAAUUAUUCAUAGGGAUCUCAAAGCAAGCAAUAUUCUGCUAGAUGAUGAUUUCAACCCCAAGAUAUCUGACUUUGGCAUGGCUAGAAUUUUCGGUGAACACCAGCUUCAAGACCUUACUCGUCGAAUUGUUGGAACCUAUGGCUACAUCUCCCCGGAGUACGCAAUGGAAGGCAAAUUCUCUGAGAAAUCUGACGUCUUUAGUUUCGGUGUGUUGAUCCUAGAGAUUGUGAGUGGCCGGAAGAACAGCUCUUUUGUUGAUGACGAAUGUUCAAUGAACCUCUUGGGCUACGCAUGGACCCUGUGGAAGGAAGGCAGUGUCUCGGAGCUUAUUGAUCCACUGAUGGGCACCACAUACACUUACGACGAAGUCUGCAGAUGCAUUCAGGUGGGUCUCCUGUGUGUGCAGGAGUUACCAUCUGACAGGCCAACCAUGUCCCUAGUGCUCAGGAUGCUCGGUGGUGAUGUUACAAUUCCUUCUCCAAAGCAAGCUGCAUUUUUCGUUGGAAGGGUUCCAGCAGAUGACAACGAUACUGGAUCAGGUAAUCAGUUAACGUGCACGGAUUUUCAGGGCAGAUAGUCUCACUAUUUCAGCCUGCUGAAGUUUCCUACUAUAUUGUAUUUGUCCUUACAUUGGAUUGUUAAAUCUGUAGUGUCUGUACUCUUCCUUCCUCUUGCUAAGUACAUACGGAAUACUUAGUUCAAGAGUUUGUAUUUGGGGUAUAGAUUUACUUGUACCUCGUGAACUGUAUUUGUAUUUGGGAAUUCUGAUUGUAUAUGCAUGUGUGAAUGUUUUUAAUCA